AUGGUUGUCAAGAAAUUAUACCCAUUCAUUAACUCAUUGGAGGUUAAGAGUGCUGGCAGUACUACUACUACUUGGGUCAACAGAGAUUUGAAGGAUCUAAAGGUCACACAACCAGCAACUAUUCUAGUUGCCGCCGAUACCUUCUUCAUUACAUCGAUCGAUGAUAAGGAGGGAAAGCAGAAUCACAACAGUGCCUACGAUCGCGUGCUCAAGAACUUUGAAGACUGCGUCCAAGCCCUCUUGCCAUACUUUAGCGAGAUCAGGUUUGUGAGCACUGGUCACGAGUAUGAUGAGACAGCCUCAAAGCAACAGACUGUUGUUACAAGCAAUGACUCGACUACAACUGCUGAUGCCCCCGCUGCUCCUGCUGCCCCUGCUACUCAAGACACAACCUCCACCUCGACCACUACCACAGCCGCCACAUCACCAGCAACAGACUCGACAACUGCGACGACCACUACUACUACCGACGCACCAAACAGAAGAGAGGCUACAUCGGAGAAGGCAAGAUUCAUGAAUGGUGAACGCGAUGCUAUCACGAGAUACAGGUUCCGUUGCAUCGAACCAUUCAUUCUGAAACGUAUCGAGCAGAUCAAUGGCGAGAACCCCAAUGUUAAGGUGUCAAUGGAGCAGGCUGUGACCAAGUCGCGCGAGGAGGUCAUGAUGAUGGCCAACCAGUACAUUGCCAACAAGAAGGACUCCACUGUCUACGUGCUGGCCGAUGCCGAGUACAUCUUCUUCCACUCGGACCAGCAGCCCAGCAAGAACGACGGCGAGCUGGUCGUCGUGUGUCUCGACAAGAAGUCCAAGAAGUACAAGUACUUCAAGCGCUCAGAGUUCUUGCGCGUGCUGCUGGGCAGCGACGACAUUGACACACAGCUGCUGCCGGCCAUCGCCUGCAUGUUGCUGGACCUGGAGAACGAGUUCAAGAAUGACGCACAGGUGGACAAGUGUCAGCAGUGUAAAUACGACGCCAACGGCUGCGCCGAGUUCAAGCGCGGCGACAACGUCUACACGACCAAGCAGCACCACGCUCUGAUCUGCCCCAACAAGGUGGCCGACAUUGUCAAGCAGGUGCUGGAGAAGGGCGUCGAGGCCACCAACACGGCCUCCAAGAAAUACAGAUGCUUCUCGCUCAAGACGGUCGAGGAGCGCCACAAGCAGUUCAGUGGCGAGCAGUUGGACAAGAUCAAGCGAUACGCCUUCCCCGACGCACUGUUUGAGCAGACACCCAUGGAGGAGAUGGUCACCGAGGCGAUCCUCGAUGACAUUGCCACCGGCAAGCUGACCGUGCGUCAGGCUGCGCUCAAGUGCACCCUCCAGGAGGCGCGCUACAACGGCUUUGCCGAGGCGGCCAACGUAAUUGUGGACCCACGUCUGGAUGGCAAGAGAAGAAAGAUACUAAGGAAGGACUUUGACUUUGUGGCAUGCUAUCGCUAUCAUCUGUACAACCUCUGGGUGCACCUGCAGUCCAAGGGCGUGGAGGUCACGCUCACCAAGGACGACCUGCUGAACUUUAUCUUCAGCGACUCGCGCAGUGAGCUCGCACCACCCGUCACUGUCUCUGCCGUCGCCAAGAAGGAGGCUGCCAAGAAGGCUGCCGCCAAGAAUGACGCCAAGUCCAAGUUCCAGUUCCUCUCGAUGGAUGAUGAGGAUGAUGAUUAG